GACACCGUACUUGAACCAAAGCUUCCGACAGAAAAAGACCUUCUUUCGCACACUUUUGACACAGCUCACAGCGCAUGCUCAGACUGAGGGACGGCGCAUUGAUUUACUGUGAGGAAGUCAGAGAGACAUUAAAAGGUUUUAAGAUGACCACAUCAUGGAGUGACAGAUUGCAGAAUUAUGCUGACCUUCCUGCCAACAUGGACGGCCUCACGAUGAAGAAAUACAGGAGGGAGCCCUACCACAGAAUCUUCGUCAAUCGAAGUUUGGCAAUGGAGAAAAUCAAGUGCUUUGGCUUUGAUAUGGAUUACACUUUAGCAGUGUACAAGUCGCCCGAGUACGAGUCGUUGGGCUUUGAGCUGACGGUGGAACGCCUGGUCUCCAUCGGUUACCCCCAGGAGCUGCUCAGCUUCGUCUACGAUCCAUCAUUUCCCACCAGGGGUCUGGUGUUUGAUACCAUGUAUGGAAACCUCCUUAAGGUUGAUGCUUACGGUAAUAUCCUGGUUUGUGUCCAUGGAUUCAACUUCCUUCGAGGCCCAGAAAUACGUGAAAGGUACCCAAAUAAGUUCAUUCAGAGGGACGAUACAGAGCGUUUUUAUAUCCUGAACACACUGUUCAACCUGCCAGAAACCUACCUUUUUGCAUGCCUUGUGGAUUUCUUUUCCAACUGUGACAGAUACACAAGCUGUGAAACGGGCUUCAAAGAUGGUGACCUGUUCAUGUCCUACAAGAGCAUGUUCCAGGACGUCCGGGACGCUGUGGAUUGGGUCCACUUCAAGGGAACGUUAAAAGAGAAGACGGUUGAGAACUUGGAGAAGUACGUGGUGAGAGAUGGGAAGCUUCCUCUCCUCCUCAGCCGGAUGAAUGAAGUGGCCAAAGUUUUCUUAGCAACCAACAGUGACUACAAAUACACAGAUAAAAUCAUGACUUACCUGUUCGACUUCCCACACGGUCCAAAGCCGGGUACCGCCCACCGACCCUGGCAGUCUUACUUUGAUCUGAUCCUUGUGGAUGCCAGGAAGCCGCUGUUCUUUGGGGAGGGGACGGUGCUCCGACAAGUCGACACGACUACAGGACGCCUAAAAAUAGGAACCUACACGGGACCCCUGCAGCAUGGAAUAGUGUACUCUGGAGGUUCUUCAGACAUUGUGUGUGACUUGCUGGGGGCCAAAGGAAAGGACAUUUUAUACAUUGGGGACCACAUCUUUGGAGACAUCCUCAAGUCCAAGAAACGUCAAGGCUGGAGGACGUUCCUGGUUAUACCUGAACUGGCCCAGGAGCUGCACGUCUGGACCGACAAGAGCUCAUUAUUCGAGGAACUUCAAGGCUUGGACAUUUUCUUGGCCGAACUUUACAAACAUCUGGACAGCAGUAGUAACGAGAGGCCUGACAUCAGCACUAUUCAGAGAAGAGUCAAGAAAGUGACGCACGACAUGGACAUGUGCUACGGCAUGAUGGGUAGCUUGUUCCGCAGCGGCUCCAGACAGACCCUGUUCGCCUCCCAGGUGAUGCGUUACGCCGACCUGUACGCCGCCUCCUUCAUCAACCUGCUGUAUUACCCCUUCAGCUACCUGUUCAGAGCUGCGCACGUCCUGAUGCCCCACGAGUCGACUGUCGAGCACACCCACGUGGACAUAGACUUGGAGUCUCCUCUGGCCACACGGAACCGCACCCACUGCAGAGACUGCAAGGACCUGGAGUGCAAACGCACCCAGCUGACCCGCUCCUUCAGCGAGAUCAAACCUCCCAACAUGUUCCCCCAGGUUCCCCAGGAGAUCACUCACUGCCACGAUGAGGACGAUGAUGAAGAGGAGGAGU